AUGGGCAAGAAUGAUGUAGAGCACGAAACGAGGAUCGAGUCUAGUACCGAAAGAGCAAGCCACGGUUCGCAGGGAGGGUACCGAGGAAGCCCUGAGAUGCGCACAGACGCCAUCAGGCACCACUACGUUUGGGAUCGUGGCAUACCGCUAGGAGCGAUAUAUCCCACUCCAGCCACGGCCAGCGCUCGUUCGGGGAUGCAAGCGCCGAGUUCCAUGGGGGGCUUUGAGAUAUGCGGCUCGAUCAGAUCUUUACUCAUGUCUACCAUGUCGCUCGCUGUGACUCAAGUCACACGCGAAUAUGUUACUGAACCUGUGCAAGAUGCAACGACAGAUGAGAGCAUACGCCGCAGAUAUCGCGCCCCCGUCGCCCCUCGUGGCGCCACUUCCAACUUUGAAACCCGUGGCUGGGCGCUGGUGUUUCAGGUUACGGGAGCAAAUUGGGUGGGGCAUUCCAGUAUGCUGCCACUCCCUACAGAUAGCCCACUUCCGCUUCACGUCAUGGAUCGUCUCAUUCGACACGCUGUCAGUGUCGCCGAGGACCCGGUCAAUAUCCUCCUCUACUUCUUCACGGUAGCCAUUCGCGAACUCUACCACUCCCCCGUCAUAAUCACCAGACCCGACUCCUUCUUUGAGCACGGCGGUCUCGCUCCGCCUCCGGGCUUUCGGAACACGUCAACGGAAGAUCUGAUCGGGGGUGGCUACUUCAAGUAUGCCGCUCUCAGAUCUGUCCGCCACCUCAGCAUCGUCGACCCCGCUACCCUUGCCUCGGUCGACCGGUACUCUUCGUACAACUUCCCUCCUUUCCCUCCCAUGAUCCCUCCCAUGAUCGAAUCAGUCAACAUGCCGGCCUACAAUAUCACCGCACCCGUGCGGGAGGCGUGCUGCACCUUGCGGACCCUACCCUCCGGUGUCAUGCCCCACCUGGACACUGUACGGCUCGUCAUCCACCCCGAUCCCACAUGGUAUCGGCAGCACUACCGACACCCUCUGGAGCAGCUUUGCAGAACACUUCUCAAGCGGACAGAAGCUCGAGCAUGGUGUCAGAACAUCACCACGCUCCCAAACCUCACACAUUGGAUCGGCUUCACUGCCGGGGUCCGGCAUCCACCCUUUGUUCCGCCCGUCCUCCACCUGCAUACAGGGCUUUCGACACCCGACCCCGACGAAUACCUCAAGGCCGUCACCGGGGGCACCACCUUCAUUCAUCUCGACAGUGAGGGGCGCGGCACACCGGAGACGCCAACCGUCCAAGAGUUGUCAAUCAGGUUCCGAAAGAUCGGGCGCGACAUCGGGCACUGCUUCGUCGUUCGCACCUACAAAUUGUCGUCGGCAGAGCGGCGGGACGUCAUGACUCGUACACGCAUCACGAUUUCCGGCCCGCUCCCCUGGAGCGCUGAGUCUUUGGACUCCAGCCAGAUCAGCCAACAGAUGCAGACGGCUCUGAUUGGCGGAAUGGUUGAGGACUCGGUCAACCCGGAUCACCAUCGGCAGCUGGAGCGGCGGCUGAGUGUGGAGGUGGUGCUGGGCUCUGAAGGCGAAGCCUGUCCGGAGGUGGAGAAGGCGAUAGGGGUGGCAUCAGCAAGCGGUAAUGUUCUCAAUGUACGCAAUAUCAGUCUGAUAGGCAACCCCGACCGCUCCCGCGCCGGAUUGGGCACCCAGAUUCUGGGCAGCACCGACUGUACUGACUUCUGA